AUGAAUUCACUUAGUCAGCGCAGAAAAGCGUCAAUCCCACAGAUCUUUCGUUUCGCCAAACAUGCUCAAGUCCCAGAAUAUUCGCCUUCUCCAUCUGAGCUAACUUCAGGUUUCGAACUGAAAGCGAUUGGGAAUGUUUUCCGCACGAAGGACAAGUACCUGUGUGGUGACAUACUUGAUAAUAGAUUCUUCUUAAUCGGAACGUCAUCGGGAUUGGACUUUAUUGAUCUGUCAUUACCAACAGAAAAGCAGACUGCAAAAAGGAUUAUCGAAGGUCCAAGGUUUAAGCAGAUCAAGAUUGUUAAAACUCGCAAGAAUGCCAUAAGCGGUCGAAACUCGCAUUUGAGAAGCUAUACCCUAUAUUCGUUAAAGAUCCUAAUCUUUGCACAGCUCGCCAAAGCCUCCGCCACUCCACCACCCACUCCUACACCCAAACAUUCAAAACGGUUUUCCAAUCCCUUCUUCAAUUCGCGACCCAGUCAUUCAAAACGCGCUUCUCUCCAGCAAACGCCGCGCCGCAACCUUCCUCACAACGACGUUAAUACCUACGACUUGCAUCACAGUGAAUUCCAUGACAGACACUUUUUCCGCGAACAACAAAUUAUUGGGUCAUCGGAGGAGAUGAGUAUUGCAUACGAGGAGGACUCACAAGAUGAAGAGUACAUGGAUGCAUUGAUGGGAGAAGAGGACUGCGAAGGGAUAAGGGUAAGAAAAGGCGUGGAAAUCGUCGAGGAGAUAAUCAAUGUCGGAAACGCAGGAAAGAUGUCCGUAUCAGUCGGUGUAAAGACAUCCAUGAUGGCGACAGUCACGUCGUCGUACCAACCUAGCAUGCCGUCAAACUCUCAUUCGAGAAACCGAGUCAGCAUGUCGGCAUUCCCGUUCGCUCCACGCCCAAGUCCAUCCUUUUCAUCUUCGCAACACUCGAAAAAGUCAACGGGCGAUUUUGUGAAAUUGCCGCACACGAAAUUAACCAUAUCGUUCGUCGUCAGCGUGGGUGUGGCACGAUCGUACGUGGCGGCAUUAGCAAAACAGAAUAUUUACUUGUUUGAAAUGACCCACGAUGAAAACAACACAAAUAAACAGCAGUGGGUACACACGAGGACCUACUGGCUGCCCAGCACGCCAGAUUAUUUAGAGCUGGCCGUGCAUGGAGAACAGCUGGUGGAUAUCAUCGCGGCAUUUGGAAACGAGAUUAUUCUGAUUGGAGUCGAAGACUCGAGGAUCAGAGAAGUCAGUAUCGCCGAUGAGCUUAGGCCAAACUAUGACGAUGAAUAUGACGAGUUGGAUGAUGCAGACGAAUCGACAACGAUAUGGCGCACGUUCACCCAAUUACCUUUCCUCCCGUCCGUGAAUCCCGAAAAUGUUUCCGAUCCUUUUACUAUCCCACCUUCUUAUGCCCUCGCGUCCACAUCACCACCAUCGUCUUUUCUACAUCCAACCACCGUUUUUGACGCAACCGAGGCCAUUGAUCUAUUCUGUUCUGGACCGUUGUUGUUUUUCGCCACGUUCGGAUCCAGGUCGAUGGUCGUCGACGCCAAAGGUCGUCCGUUCUCCACUAUCAUAUUCGAAUGGUCGUUUUCGCCUCAGUCUGUCUGUUUCUUCCGAGGAGGUAUCGGAACCAAUGACGCCUAUGUUGUGGGUUUUGGAAGGGACGUAAUAGAGAUUAGAAGUUUUCGUACGGGAUUGGUAGUUGAGAACGUUGUCAAAGGCGUCGAGGUGACCUUUUUGGGAACAGGAAGAAGUGAAGAAAAUGAGGUUAUUUUGGCUUGUCGAUUCGAAAAGGGAAUAAAAGGCGUUGAUUUAUAUAGUUUGAAAGCACCCACUAACGGGUGGUGA